AUGCAAGUGGUGCUUGGAGACGACGACAUUUACGAGGAGGAUGGGGAUGAGCAGUUCAUCAAAGCUGAACAAAUCAUCGUCCAUCCAGAUUACAGGCCUGAUUACUUGGAUAACGAUAUCAUGCUCGUCAAACUGAAUGCCAGUGCUGAACUUUCCACACGUGUUGCACCCAUCACCUUGGGCUCUGGAAGCCCAGUUCCUGGUACUGAGUAUCAGAUCUCAGGAUGGGGCUGGACGACCCGCUCAGGAUCAAACCACCCUGACGUUCUGCAGUGCCUGAACGCGCCAAUCCUAACGGAUGCUGAACGUGAAGCAGCUUACGCAGGACAAAUCACUCCGAGGAUGAUCUGUGUUGGAUUCUUAGAGGGCGGCAAAGGCUCCUGCCAGGGGGAUUCCGGUGGCCCAGUGGUAUGUAAUGGGGAGCUCCAGGGCGUUGUUUCGUGGGGCAUCGGAUGUGCUCUGCCCGGUUACCCUGGGGUUUACACCAGAGUCUGCAACUUCGUUGGCUGGAUCCGUGAUACCAUUGCUGCUAACUAAAACAGCCAUUUCUCCCCUUGUUUCAACAAGCUGGUUUCAUUUCCAACUCAUGUAAUUCAUCUUGAAAAAGAACAUAAACAAAUAAAUAGA